AUGCUUGACUCCCACGCUGGAAUGAGGCCAGAACCCAGCCAGGACUCCACACCACUUCGCAACCCACUGCUGCACCGUUGCCCCAUCUCAGGUUUUCGUCGAAUCGAGAGAGGACGCCCAACAUCGUUUGAAGCAGAUAAUAACCCAAGUCGCGGCUCCCCGCGCGGCUUUGCGGCUCAUUGUUCGACAUCUGUCAAGCUGCAUGCCAGUGCUUCGACCUCCCCUGACGCGUUGGCACCACCGCAUGACGCGGGAAGCCAGUCAUCCCCCUGCAAGUCAUUCCCCCUGAACAUCGCCGCGCCGAUUUGCGCUCGUGCCAGAUCGUCGAUGGGUUUGAAGAUGAUGCCGACAACGAAAAAAAAGCUGGGGUCGAUCGGCUUGUUUAUGCGACAGGCCGAUGGAAGCGUGGGUGGUCCCCAGACCGGGGGCACAAGCAGUGCCCGGGCCGCAGGAGUGGGCCAAUCCGCAACGCCUGGGCCUGUUUUGCCAGGGGCAAGCCACGCGACCGCGACAGGCUCACAGCUUCCACAGCUGCAACCCCCACACGAAAUUAUCGCGGCGCGGCAAGAACGCCAGCAGCAACAACAGCAACAACAGCAACAACAGCAACAACAGCAGCCGCAGCAGCAGCAGCAGCCCGACACUCCCGCGACUGCCAGGUCAAUACCCGCACCGAGGACCGGCCGAUUGACGGCUCCAGCCCAGCCAACCGCGACCAUGAGCCUCCCCGUGCAGCAUCUCCACCCAAUCCAAAGGACCAGGACGUCCGCCUCUGACACUGCGCGGGAAGCCCAGCGGGGCCCCAACGCGUGGGAGGACUCGACGGUGGCGUCCAUGUUUGGCGACAACGAGAGCAGGGCUCCAUCCAGGGCUCCCUCGGAGAGGUUACGUGUGCCCCAGGGACAUGGCCGCCAUUACAGCGAUGGUCCGCCGCAGCGGGCACUUCCCGCCCCGCCCACGCGCGCCCAGCCCAAACACGACGAGAAUCUGCCGUUCGUCAUUGGCGAGAACGGCGUGCUCAAGGUCAUCCCGGCACCCAAUACCCAAAAAGCACCGGAAACAGCUCCUUUAGCCACCACCAACGCCACUUCCGGAGGCAUCUUCGACGACCAGAGUGUCAGGCAGGACGACGCAUACCAUGAAGGUCGUCAGAUUUUCGAGACGCCCACCAAAGCCAGCGGGCUGAGGCGCACCAGGCUGGCAUACCGAGAUAACCGCGAGAUUAAGAGCAAUGCAUCCUCGGAGCGAGGGGGACCGACGUAUUCACCAGGGUCACAGAGCGUAAGCCUGUCGCCCGAGAGACAGGCAGAGGCGGGUGGCCAUAUCGACAAGAUCAGGUUCCAGGAGCGUAUGUCACGCGAACGCGAGAGGCAACGAGAGCGCGACCGGGAAAUAGAACGGGAGAGGGAACGACAACGCGAGCAGGAACGUGAAGCCGAGCACAAGCGGUCCACGGUAUUCGAAAACUUGACUCCCCUCAACUUCGACGAUCCCGAUUUCGACAACACCAAGGCCGCCGUUGCCUCACCGAGCUCCACCCUCGACGCGGAGGCGCUUAAAGAAGCCCUCCAACGCACACCGCGAGCAAACCGCCAGCCGCAAUAUCAACAGAAACAGCUCUUCGCACAGCAAACCAACAUCCUCAGCGGGGCACCUCCCCCCCUCAACCUCAGCCGGACGAACAGCCGCCGGCAAAAAUCACCAACCAAAGAACUAGCCCCGGCCCCGACCACCUCUCGAAAGCGCCGCCAAAGUCUUGAUUACAACGACGCCGAGCUGCACGCCAUGAGCUACUCGGACCUUCGCGGCCAAGCCUUCGACUUUGACCCACAGACAGCCGCGCUGCAACAAACAUCGGCCCCACCCGCGGGAGGCAGCAUCGAGGAGCGGUUAGAGCACUACAAGAAAAAAGGCAGCAUGGACCAACACGAGUUCUUUGCGAGGAUUAAUGUGGACGAGUGGGACGAGGCGGGCGACUGGUUCCUGGCGCGCUUCGGCGACAUCAUGCUGCGGCUGAAACAGGCGCGCAGGACGAAGCGUCGGCUAGUGCAGCAGUUUGAGGAUGAGGUCGCCACGCGCGAGGAAGCUGUGCGCGGGAAGAUUGAGGGGAUCGGGCGCACCCUCGAGGACCUUAGGCAGGAGGGCCAGACGAUGAUGGAGGGGAAGGAUGUGGACAUCGAGUUUUGA